AAGUUUCAUAAAGUGAAAAACUCAAGACCUGAGACAAAAAAAAAGACACAGCACCUGCCUCUUGGGAUCUUUUUAAGUGCACAGUCUACAUUGCACUGACAUUUCGGCAGGAUACUUCUUGGAAUUGAAGAUAGAACAGACCCAGGAUAGGAAUAUCCAUUUCAACUGGAUUGAAAAUGUAUUCUGGAAUUUUCACGGCAGCAGUUUUUUUAAUUCAAUGGAGAUUCAUUUUGACCCAAGAUUCAGUUCCUCAAGUCAAUCUGAUUGUUCCAGAACUGAAUAUUUCUGACCAGCACCUGAUUAUUGAAGUAAAUGGAACACUCUCAGUCACUUGCAGGGGCCAAGCAUCUUUGAACUGGUCUGGACCCAACCUAUCUCAUUCUGCAAAAGACAGAUUUAACAUAAUCAGCUACAGGUGUGAUGACAAGCAGAAGUAUUUUUGCAGUACCAUGACUUUAAAGAAGGCUCAGCGCAGUGACACUGGGAACUACAUUUGUAAAUAUGCCAUUUCUGCAGGCAAUGGAAAUCUUAAAUCCCAGAUCUAUGUAUUUGUCAAAGAUCAUCGGAGUCCAUUUGUGGAACCUCAUACAGAACAUCCUGAAGUGAUAAAGUUCAAUGGAAGCAGUGAGAUUGUGAUUCCAUGCCGUGUUACAGAACCAAACCUGCAGGUCACCCUGCUGAUGGACCAUUCAAUUUUUGAAAUCGAUGGGAUAAAUAACAAAUGGGAUCCUAAGCAAGGUUUUAUUCUUCGAAACCUGGAAUAUAUUCCUGGCAUGUUGCGAUGCAAAACCAUGGUCAAUAAACAACAUUUUGAAUCUUGUUUUAUGAUAUCCAAAGAAGUUGAAGGGGUAAACUCUGUGCACCUUAAUACCAGUGAAAAAAUCAAGGUGCUGUCUGGAGAUACACUGUCCAUCAAAUGCACUGCAAAAAUGCCUUUGAAUGCCAGACCUGAAUUUCAGUGGGAGUAUCCCGGCAAAGCAUCUAAUCGGAAAACCAUUAUUUACAAAGCACGUGAAAUCACAACAGUGUUUUACAGUAUUCUAACUCUGAAAGACAUUCAACGAACUGAUGAAGGAACUUACAAAUGCCAAGUAUUGAAUAAAAAUAUGUUGCAAAACUGGACCACCGUUACUGUCUAUGAUAAGCCUUUCAUUAGAGCAAAGGUAAAAACAAGCAACCUUUUGAAAGUAAUGGAUGGAGAAAAGUCUGUGAAACUAUCUGCAAAAGUGAAUGCUUUCCCAGCACCGGAGGUGUCCUGGUACAAAAACGGAAAACUCAUUGCGCAGAAUCAGACUUGCUAUAUCCGAAACCGCUAUUCAUUAAAAAUAAUGCGUGUAACAAAAGUUGAUGAAGGGAAUUACACUAUUUCACUGAACAACAAGCUACAUAAUCUACAGAAAAACCUCACCUUCACAUUAAGAGUGCUUAGAAAUGAGAAACCACAGAUCUAUGACAAAGGAGCAGGACUCCAAGACAAAAUGUUUUAUCAGCUUGGGAAGAAACACAAGUUGACCUGCACUGCCUUUGGAAUUCCAUCUCCAAGUUUUCACUGGGAAUGGCAGCCCUGCAUCAUCAGCAAGUCCGAUAAAAAGUGUGAAACAAACGAUAAUCUGAAAGUUAACAUUUCAGAAUAUAUGACAAGUUUACAGUCAAACCACGGCAACAGGAUUGAAAAAAUCAAUAACAAAACAGAACAACAUGAGGAUAGAAACAGUACUGUAAGCACUCUAACUGUGGCUGAAGCCAAGGUGUCAGGGAUUUACUACUGCAUUGCUACAAAUGAUCAUGGUGAAGACCACAGAAGAAUUAACUUUUACAUCACAGAUCAGCCAGAUGACUUGCACCUCAAAGCAAAUGCCAAUGAAUCUCGAACUGAGGGAGAUGACCUAAACCUCACCUGUCUUGUUCGAAAUUUCUUAAUGCAUGAACCUGCAUGGUAUUACCAGUCCUCACCGAAUUUAUCAGAAGUUAAACUGAAUCAAUACACUCAGAAAGUUCAUGGAAACUACUCCAAAACAUUAUUUCUCAGUAUGAAAAAUGUGACUGAAAACAACACCGGAAUUUACAAAUGCAAAACAAUGAACAACGCUUCCAAAAAGCAGUACGAGAAACACACUAUGGUCUCCAUAAAGCCUAAGACCAUCCCAAUUCUUCAAAAGAACCUGACAGGGCAGGAGGUCAACAGCAGUGGCACUGUGAUCCUGACUUGCGAUGUCAGUGGACGACCACCUCCCAGCAUCACCUGGUACAAAAAUGAACAACAGGUUCUUCCAGCUUCAGGUAUUUUUUUGGAAUCAGGAAACAAAACUCUAAUCAUUGAAAGAGUCAGAUAUGAUGAUGAAGGAGAAUACAAAUGCAAGGCCACCAAUGAGCAGGGAAGUGUUGAAACCUCAGCAUAUGUAUCAGUCCUAGGGUCUGAAGAGAAAUCCAACCUGGAACUGAUCAUUUUGGUCUGUACUGGGGUAGCAGCCACACUCUUCUGGCUUUUGCUCACACUUUUUAUACGUAAACUCAAGAAGCCAAGUUCUGGGGAUGUUAAAUCUGGAUAUCUGUCCAUCAUAAUGGAUCCGGAUGAAGUACCACUGGAUGAGCAGUGUGAGCACUUAGCAUAUGACAGCAGUAAAUGGGAGUUUCCUAGGGACAGACUCAGGCUUGGCAAAACAUUGGGACUUGGUGCAUUUGGCAAAGUGGUAGAGGCAUCCGCUUUUGGGAUUGACAAGUCUUCAACCUGUAAAACAGUGGCUGUAAAAAUGCUGAAAGAAGGCGCUAGCACAAAUGAAUGCAAAGCUCUCAUGUCAGAGCUGAAAAUUCUUAUUCACAUUGGCCACCAUCUGAACGUGGUGAACAUGCUGGGAGCCUGUACCAAGCCUGGAGGCCCUCUGAUGGUAAUUGUAGAAUAUUGCAAGUAUGGCAACUUGUCCAAUUACCUCAGGAGCAAGAGGAAUGACUUCAUUUUAGUCAAGUGCCAGAAAAAUAUUGACCAGCCUGAAACACAUAUUGAUGAGACCAGUCCCGAAGUAAUGGAAGGCAUAAAGCGAAGACUGGAAAGCGUGGCAAGUACAGGAAGCUCAACAAGUUCAGGCUUUGUGGAAGAUAAGAGUUACAGUGACACAGAAGAGGAAGAGGAAGAUACAGAAGAUCUGUAUAAACGACCACUAGGUAUGGAAGACCUGAUUUGUUACAGCUUCCAAGUAGCCAAAGGCAUGGAAUUUUUGGCUUCAAGGAAAUGCAUCCAUCGAGACUUGGCAGCACGGAACAUCCUCUUGUCUGAGAGCAACGUUGUGAAAAUUUGUGAUUUUGGGCUGGCUCGUGACAUUUACAAAGACCCAGAUUAUGUACGGAAAGGAGAUGCUCGACUCCCACUCAAGUGGAUGGCACCAGAAUCCAUAUUUGAUAAAAUCUACACAACUCAGAGUGAUGUCUGGUCUUUUGGAGUGUUGCUGUGGGAAAUAUUUUCCUUAGGUGCUUCUCCAUACCCAGGAGUACAAAUAGAUGAAGAAUUUUGCCACAAGUUAAAAGAAGGAACAAGGAUGAAGCCCCCUGAAUAUUCCACAUCAGAAGUUUAUCAAACAAUGUUAGACUGUUGGCAUGGGGAGCCUGGAGAAAGGCCGACCUUCAGUGAGUUGGUGGAACAGUUGGGAGACCUUUUACAAGCCAAUGUUCAGCAGGAUGGAAAGGAUUACAUUCCUUUGAAUACUAUGCUGCCAGCAGAUGGUGAUUCCAACUUUUCUGCAGACCCCAACCUCACAGAAGACAUAACAAAUCCAAAAGUUAAUUACAAUUGCACAGGAGUCAUCGGAUGCAACAGCAAUAAUGCAAAGAAGAGGCCAGUGAGUGUAAAAACUUUUGAUGAGGUUCCUGUAGAAAAUAAGACUACUGUGAUACAUGAGGAAAGCGAAACUGACAGUGGGAUGGUGCUGCCCUCUGACGAACUGAAGUCCCUGAAGCGUCUAGAAACUAGAUCCCACCCUUUUGGACUAAUCACAUUAGCAAUGAGGGCCAUGAGUAAGAGCAAAGAAUCUGUAUUGUCGGAGGCUGAAAACCAUGCUAAUCCACUGCAGCCAGCUGUGUGUGGAACCGAAGAUGAAGGCCUGGAUUUUGCUCUGGAAGAUUCAGUCCUGUUACCAAUGGAUCAAACUUUAGAAUGCCACAGCCCACCACCAGAUUACAAUUCUGUUGUUCGCUACACCACACCACCAGUGUGAAUGAUCUGAAUUUUGAGAAUGCACCACAAUUGUGCUUCUGAAUGAGGAAUUAUACAACAGCACAAUAUCCCAAAUGUUGUAAGUUGAACUCUUCUAUGAUGCAAUGAGAUAUAGAGAAAGCCAUAUUAGGAUGGAUGUCAAAUCUACCAUCAGCACAUAUAUUAAAACCCCACUAUACAUUCUCUACAAAAUGAAAGUGUCGAUUUUUUUUAAAAUGUCUCGAUGUCUGUGGAAAACACCAUAUAAUCAUUACUACUGUCAGGCUGAGUGGUGGUGAGUACAGCGAGGGAUCUCACAGCUGUAGUGUGUAUUCUGACUCAAAUUGUAUCAGUGAAAUGUAUGUCCAAAGUAUCUUAGUCAAUCAUGGGCUUGUCAUGGAAAAAGUAUACAAAAUAUAUUUCUGUCAACUGAUUUGCUAACUGACUGUUCUGAAGAAGGUUCAGUGCCUGAACUGUAAACCUAUCUGUUCUCUCCACAAAAGCUGACUGACUUGUUCUUUGUUUACAGUCUUUUCUGUUUUUAUUUUACCAUCUGCAGUAUUUUUACUUAAAAGUUUUGAUCUUUUUGUUGAAAUGAGGAUGUUGUUACAUAUUGCCCAAUGUUCAGCUCUGAUGUAAUUUAGUCAGUAGGAGAUCUAGUGUUGCUGUUGUGUGAUACUCAACACAAGUAGUUAAGGUGCCAUAUUUUUGUUUAUCCCUCCAAAUUGAUUAAAGAGAUGGUGAAAUUAUAUAACCAUAAUGAAGUUGAACCAAUGUAAUAGUACAAACUCCGAGAAGUUCAAAUGUCAGGACUUGCAGGUUUUUGCCAGGUGAAUUUCAGUUGGAUGUCCCGCCCCCACCGAGUGAAAUAUAUCUGGCAGAAAAGAGCAAGUAUAUCUCAUGGAUAACUGGGAGCUAACUGUACACAGUGUGGAAGAGAGGUUCUGAUUUCCAUAGGGAUGGGGGGUUUGGUGGUGGAUGGAGAGGUGGAUUGCCAGGGUGGAGGGAAAGAAAUGGCAAGUAGAAAAACAAUGAAUUGGCUUGUCAGUGACCCUGCUAGAACUCAUUCCUGUAACACUGUGGAUAGACAAGCUGAAAACAUCCACUAUUGAACCCACGCCCCCACUACCUGCACCCCCCACUCCCCACACAAUAUGGAACACAUACAGCAUUGAUAUUGGAGGCUCAAUAAUGACUGAAUUGUUCAAAAAUCAAGAAGACAAAUAUAAAACUUUAAACAAUAAUUAGAUUGGUCUCCCACCUCCAUAGAGUCAGAGAUGUACAGAACAUAAACAGACCCUUCUUUCCAACUCAUCCAUGCUAACCAGAUAUGCCAACCCAAUCUAGUCCCACUUGCCAGCACCGGCCCAUAUCCCUCCAAACCCUUCCUAUUCAUAUACCCAUCCAAAUGCCUCUUAAAUGUUGCAAUUGUACCAGCCUUCACCACUUCCUCUGCCAGCUGAUUCCAAAUACAUACCACCCUCUGUGUGAAAAAGUUGCCCUGUAGAUCUCUUUUAUAUCUUUCCCCUCUCACCCUAAACCUAUGCGCUCUAGUUCUGGACUCCCUGACCCCAGGGAAAAGACUUUGCCUGUUUACCCUAUCCACAUAAUUUUGUAAACCUCUAUAAGGUUGCCACUCAGCCUCUGAUGCUCCAGGGAAAACAGCCCUUGCCUGUUCAGCCUCUCCCUGUAGCUCAAAUCCUCCAACCCCGGUAACAACAUUCUGAAUCUUUUCUGAACCCUUUCAAGUUUCACAACAUCUUUCCGAUAGGAAGGAGACCAGAAUUGCAUGCAAUAUUCCAACAGUGGCCUAACCAAUGCCCUGUAUAGCUGCAACAUGACCUCCCAACUCCUGUACUCAAUACUCUGACCAAUAAAGGAAGGCUUACCAAACGCCUUCUUCGCUAUCCUAUCUACCUACGACUCCACUUUCAAGGAGCUAUUAAACUGCACUCCAAGGUCUCUUUGUUCAGCAACACUCCUUAAGAUGUUACCAUUAAGUGUAUAAGUCCUGCUAAGAUUUGCUUUCCCAAAAUGCAGCACCUCACAUUUAUCUGAAUUAAACUCCAUAUGCCACAUCUUGGCCCAUACCCCUGUAUACUACACAUUCUCAUUUAAAAAGGCACAAAAUAUUUCCAUUAUUGAGAAAACUGGGUAUAUAUUUUAAGGAGGAGAAAGGUCUGUUCCCUCAAGGUAAGAUUGAAUGUAUCCGAUCUCCAGAAAUAAUGACUUCUAAAUAGUCUGUUAUUGACCAGGCCAGACCCCCUCAAAACAUUUCCAGAAAGUAGCCCAGACCCUAACUUUGCUGGUUGUUUGAAGCAGGUGCAAAGUAAAUAUUCCAGGGGAAAUGCCACUGGUCAAACCACUUGGUUUAAGCAAAACAAAAUUUACAAGAUUACUGAAUGAAAUACAAACAACAGAAAACCAAAUAACUUAACCUAAAACGAAAAUACAACAGAUCAUCCCAAUCUAAUGAUGCUGUUCCAAAUAUUUGCAACAAUCCCCAUAAACACCCCUUGGCACAAAAGGUAAGUUCAAACACAGGUUCCUACAGGAGAGAAGUCAGAGUACCAGCCUGGACCUGCUUCUUUGGGUCCAGCAGUUUUUUUUUCACAUUACUGCUUAAAACCAAACCAGGCCAUAGAAAAGCUGAGCUGGGAGAACUGACCACUCCCCUUUCAUUGGACAAGUGUUUUCUUUAAACCUUGACUCAGUAUCGGUUAGUUAUUAUCAAGUUGGCCCUAAAACCCUUCAACCCCAGACUUUUCAGAGUCUGUGUCAUUUACGACCUCUGAAAAAAAAAGCCAAGGACUGCAUAGUCUUGUUAAAGGAGGAUCUUCGUCACAAGUCUGAAAUCAUGUUUUGGAAAUAUUAAUGGCUAAUGUUCAAUAAUAGCACAACAACUUUAAAAUAGCAGGAAUGUGACUGAUCAGCAAUGAUAUAAGAUAUAAUUUCAAUUACCUUAGGAACUCAAACUAUUUUGUAAGGUUAAUCAAAACCAUUCCCACCGAUACUUUAACUUAAAGCACACAAGUUUCACAACUAGAUACAAAACAUCUCCCAUCUUUUGUUUAAUUUUCAUUAAAUCUGAUGCAAAAAUAGGAAAACAUUUUUCAGAUUUUCAUAAUGGGGGCACUGGUGGAGACUGGGGUAGAAGCACGUGUUUAAGUGAAAAUUAUUCCAUUACUUUCCCUUUCUCAUGGAGAAUUUUUGAAUCCAAACAUGUUGUAUUCUGCUGAUAGGUUUUAUCAAUUUACUAAUAUUCUACAAUUUCCAGCAUCUAUUUCAAAGUAUACACUAAUUUAAUGGACUGUAUCAGUUUAAUUUCAUUGUUGAAUUUAAUAAGACAGUAAAAUAAAAUAUCAAAAACAUAGUUGUUAAAGCAAAAAUUAAUUUCAUUUACCUGUCCGCAUGGGUUUCUUCUGGGUGCUCCAGUUUCCUCCCACAGUCCAAAGAUGUGCAAGUUAGAGGGAUUGGCCAUACUGAAAUUGUCCAAUGUGUUCAGGGAUGUGUAGGCUAGGUGGAUUAGGCAGGGUAGAUGAAGUUGAGAGAUAAGGAGGAGGGGUUGGGUCUGGAUGGGAUACUCUUCAGAUGGUCGGAGCAGAUUCAAUGGGUAAUAUAGCCUCCUUCCACACUGUGGGGAUCCUUGAUCCUAUGAUUUCUAAAACUGAAUUUAUAUAUUUUAUAAAGCAGUCAGACUGUUAAUGUUCUCACAUCUUCCUAGUCUACCAUGAGAGAGUUAACAAAAAUGUAUCCAGAAAGCCUAAGAAGAACUGUUAUUGUUGUUAAUCACCGUCUGCCUUUAUAUCAAUCAUUCUAAUUACAGUCAUAAACAUCUCAGGUAAUCUCAUAAAUAUCCAUUUAUUUUAGAUCUUGCGCAGGUAUUUGCUGUAGCAAACUAAAGGCAGUUAACAGUCCAAACCAUUACAAGUAUAUUAAGAAAUGUCCCUGGAUGAUGGGUAGUUAAUAUUUUUGCUUUUAUUAAAAUGAAAAAGAGAUGUUGCAAGUCAAAGCAGGGAACACUUUGCAUACUGUGAACUUACAGUUCUUUAAAAACUCUGGAGUUGGACUUCUUUUGUUUCUGUGAGGAAACAAUAAGAAGAAGUUUAUUAUUCAUGACAAUUCCCAGAGAGCUGUCAACCCCUUAAAAUGUCCUAUGAGCAAUUUGAAUAGGUCAGAUUCCAUAUCAUCUACUGUGAAUAUUACAAGUAUAAUUAGAUGCAUAAUGUUAUUGAGUUAUGUUACAUAUAGUAUAACAUGUAGUAACAAAUCUAGUCAUUCUAUGUUGCAAUAUAAGAAUUAAAGGCAUCUGAUAUUCAUCACCUCAUCUAUUUUCUAGUUUCCUAUGAUCUAAUUCAUAUUGUUCCUUCUUCACACCAUGGCCAAGUAAAUGAAUGGAACAGAGAAAUCUGCUUCCCUGUAAAUUCAGAAUGAGGAAUUUUGCCUUGCAUUUUUUUUAUAGUACCAUUUCAUUAAGGAACAUAGCAUGACACAAGAACAAACAUAGUUUAGAUCAGAAUGGUGCUGGAAAAACACAGCAGGAUUCCUGAUGAAGGGCUUUUGCCCAAAACGUCAAUUUUCCUGCUCCUUGGAUGCUGGCUGACCUGCUGUGUUUUUCCAGCACCACUCCGAUCUAAACUCUGGUUUCCAAUAUCCGCAGUUCUCACUUUUGCCUAUAAAAACAAACAUAGACCAUUCAAAACCUCUACCCUAUCUGUCAUUGACUGAAAUGUACCUCAACUCCAUUUAUCAGACAUUAUUCAAUAAUAUCAUAAUGUUCCACUAUUUCAAAUCAAUAGAUCAAUGACACUGUUGAAAUAUUGGACAGAAAAACAUUAGACAAAUCUAUGAAGCAUUACUGCACUAUUAACACAUAAUGUACUUCCAAGACUGUGAUAUGUUUUAUUAAAGCAGAAUAUCUAAAAGUUGUAGUGUAGAGGUGGUGCAUGACCAUGGUGAAAUAAUCACACAUGGGCCCCAGAUAGAGUAAGCUCGAUGAAUUAACUUGCCUUUUCUCGAUGCAGGUUAACAUUUUCUCUAAAAUUAUUACUCAGAAUUUUUUAUUUUAGAACUAAAGCUGCAGACAAUGCAAUAAAAAGAAUAUCCAAUGUCUUUGAAUGAGCUUCAGGCAAGACAUUAAACUUGUAAUCCAGAUAACAUUCAUUAAUACUCAAAUGUCAUUAUAAAUUUGUAAUUAGAUUCCUGACAGCUGUUGAUUAUCCUACAUGUUCAGUUGCACUUAGUUGUAGCUUAUAUUUUUACAAUUAACUGGAAAUAUGUUCAUUUUGCAUUAGGUAAUGGGCAGUAACAUUUGAAAAAUCAAUAACCUUUAGGGGGCAUAUAUGCUUUCAAAAUGUGAUAAUUUCAUUUUCUCUAUGAAACAACUAAUAUUAAUGAAUAUUAUUUUGCACAUGCAAAGCACCAAUAACAAUUUGCUUCUUUAAAUUACUAAAUCCAUUGUUCCUCCUUAGGCUCAAGACUUUCUUUAUAUUUUUAUAUCUGCACAGCAUCUCUGCAGAAUGUAAUGGCUAGUUUCAGCACCGAGGUGUUGAAGUUACAUACUUAUCUUGCUGGCACAGUUGAGUUACUUCCAGUGUUCUGAAAUUAAAACUUAUGUAAUUCUCAGCGAUUUAGAGAGAAAGGUCUUAGCUCUCAAAAUUUAAAAUGGUAUUCUUUUAAUCCAUUUUCCAUGUAUUAGACCUGAUGAGACUUUACUUAUUAAGUUCUAGCUCAUGCCAGUGCAAGUAUGUAUAUGUUUCACCAACAUAUGUGGAGCAGUAUUAUGGCACACUUAAAGAAUUACACCACUUUGGUUGUUAACAUCAGAACAUGAUGUUGUUUCUUUCUUUCACUUUUUGCUCACUAGAUUUUUUUUUGUUAAAUACCUUUAAAUUGUCAGAGAAAAUUAAUUUUAAGAUAAUAAAUUAGAAAACACUAUUUAACAAAUUUACAGGAAACUAAUUUAGUCUUUCAACAAUGCUGAAGAUUUCCUUUCCAUACAUAAUUGACUAACAGGUUGUGUAUGAGGAACACAUGUAUUUCAUAGAGAACCCUAUUCUAAAGCUUGAUGUUAUGCUAUAAGGUAUCAAACUUGUUGCUCAAGAUUCUUUUUGACAUUCUAGAUUAUCUUCAUACGAUGCAGAGUUAAAGAUUUGCUUCUGAUUCCUAUUCUAAUGCUUGCAGGACGGGCUAAUCCUUUGCAUUAAAGAUGGACCUCUAUUCAUGUAAAGGCAACUUUUUUCUCAAAGAACCACUUGUUUUAAAGUGCUCAUACAAUGCAUUUUAUUUUAUUCCUUAAGGAACAGCAGAGAACUGCCAUUUAUUCUGUGGGAAAGCAAUUAAGAAUGUCAAUGUAUUAUCUGUUUAAGAAUGUAUGCACUGGAGAACCUUUGUAUUUCAUAUAGCCUAUGUUCUACUGGAGCUAUUAACAAAAAAUAAAGUUUACAUAUAUUUAUA